AUGUCAUUGAAGUUCUUACAUGAACUCAUUCGUUCUAAAUCAACUCGAUCAGAAGAACUCAUUACACUCACUUCUGAAGCUCGCGAUAGUGGUUUACGAGAUGAGAAAGCAACGGUUCACGAAUUUUUGGAUACUCUCGAACGAAUCACUAAUGAACUUCGUCAAGAUCCUAACGCGCAGGCAUUUCUCAGUCGAGUUAAAAAAGCCGACGCGCCUGAUUACUAUGACAUCAUCAAGAAACCCAUGGACCUUGGAACGGUUCUUAAAAAAGUCAAGUCAGGACAGUACAAGGCUAAGGGGCAGUUUAUUGAAGAUCUAGAGUUGAUUUGGUCAAAUUGUUUUCAAUACAACUCAUUCGUAUCACAUCCUCUGCGUACGGCUGCCGAGUCAUUGAAAACCAAAGCCAACAAUCUGUUAAAGUUUGUGAGCGAACCUUGCGCGACUACUCAGGCGAAUUCUAAAUCAACACGCCUUCCAACGCGCCCUCUUGCUACACAUUUAUUGCGACAAGGUCAAACAGUAUCGACUGGAAUAGCCAUUGCUGAACGUCGCUGGACAGCAAGUCAACGUGGUCGUCCGAGCGAGUCUGUCGCGGUCGAAGAUCAGGAUAUGGAACCUCUCUUGAGCGCUCCUUUGUCUUCUCGUGGAUCUCUGGAAGAUAACAAAGAGCCAAAAGUAUUAGCACGAUGGGAAGAACGGCCAGCAUUGGUGCGACGACGCGAUCAUAUGUACCGAUUCACAGAUUGGGACAAGCCAGGACCCUGGCAGGAGUUAAAAGAUGACUCCACACGAUGCUCACUUCAAUCUGACUUGCCCAUGCCUGAUCAAGACAUCCUGGAUGAUUGGAUAGAAGUCAUGGACCGGUCUCUGACCACAUGUCAACUGCCAGAAUUGCCAUUUGGGGCACCCGCGUCGAUCAACACGCGGAAGAAGGCAAAAGAUCGAGAGUUAAAAUUCGGACAACCCGUUGGUUUGCUUGAACCGAUCGCGACCAAUAUCAAGACCUUAUGGGACAUCAAGAAAGUGCACCGAAAGAUUUCUUCCUUGAUGAGCGGCCAGCAAUUUCAGCCAGGAUUUUACCCGGAGACAGACGAGAAUGAGGGAACAGCGUUGGAUGAGGAUGAGGAUGAAGAGGCUGAAGAGGAUGAAAAACUUUACACUGAAGGGAUUGUUAAAGUCAAUCAACAUAUACCUGCUGAGGUAUACUCAACUUGUCUGGCAGGUGAAGCAGGCUAUCAAGCAAUGAAGCAGCUUGUGACGUUGUUAGUGACUCAUGCUGGGUUUGAUGCAACCCAUAGUGGCGCAUUAAAUUGUUUAACUGAAAUAGCAAUUCAGUACCUAAGUAACAUAGGACGGACACUUCAUUUCUUUGCCGAUCGAGCUUCAGCAACCUUAUCAGCAAGUGAAAUGAUUCAACAAACACUUAGAGCAAAUGGGAUUAAUGGACUUGAUUUAUUAGAAGCUUAUGUUAGAGAUGAUGUUGGGAAAUAUGGAAAUAAAUUGAAGGAACUUUUUAGGAAAGUUGAGGCUGGUUAUGGUCCUGCUGGUUUGGCUGGGAAAGCUUUUGGAGAUGAUGAUUUGUUUGCACGAGAUGGAGAAGCACUUGUGACAGGAGAAUUCACAAAUGAAUUAGGCGAAGACUUUUUUGGAUUGAGAGAACUUGGACUUGAUGCUGAAUUAGGAAUGAGUGCACUGAGGAUUCCAAGUCGAUUGUUUCAUGGUCAACCAUCGGAUGGCAGUGAAUUGGCAACUAACAAGCCUGAAGUGGUUACAAAACCUGAACCACGAUUUGUUAAACCGAUGGCAUUUGUAGAACUAGAUCGAGAAUCCAUUGAUUUACAAAUCGGUUUAUUGCACGAAGUGUAUCGAGCAAGAAUGGAAUCCAAAGAAUUUGAAUUAAGAGAUGAUGAUCAAGUGAUUGGAAGAGCGCCCAAAGUGAUUCGACCUAAAGUACCACCUUCAGGUAAAAUUCCUAUCAAACGUAGGAUAGCUACUAAUCUUACUGCAAAUAACUUACCGGUUAAGAAGAAAAAAGUAGGUGGGGAUGAUGGGAUUGUGGUGAUUGAUCAGCGUAAGGGUGAAGAUGGGACGAUCUUUUUGACACUUAGUGGGGAUUUCCGAAUGGGAUUGAGUCAAAAUGGGAAUCAGCAACAGAGUGGGACCCAAGAUCAGUCAGUUUUGGGAAAUGGAAUAAGUGGAGCAAUACCAGAAGUAAAGAUUGAUGAGGUUGGAUGA